AUGAGCACAGACAGGGAUCUGCCCGCGGGCUUCUGCAGCCUGAACAUGGCCAAAAAGGUGAGCCCUUCUUUCCCUGUCACUUCCUUCGGUUCACCAGCCUCUUCCAGCUCCAUCAUGGUCCUCCACAUCCCCGUGGCCUCCUGCGCAGCGGCUCUGAUUGUGCUGCUGAUAGUGAUGGACAGCUCUGUGGUCCAGGGCAGGGCCACGCCAGAGAACUACGUGCUCCAGGGACGGCAGGACUGCCACGUCGUCAACGGGACGUUCCGCUUCCUGGAGAGAUACAUCUACAACCGGGAGGAGUACGCGCGCUUCGACAGCGACGUGGGCGAGUUCCGCGCGGUGACCGAGCUGGGCCGGCCCGACGCCCUCUACUGGAACGGCCGGAAGGAGCUCCUGGAGGAGAAGCGGGCCAUGGUGGACACGGUGUGCAGACACAACUACGAGGGCACGGAGAGCCGCACCGCGCUGCGCAGAGUCCAGCCUAAGGUACACGUGUCACCCGCCAAGAAAGUGACCCUGCAGCACCACGACCUUCUCGUGUGCCACGUGACAGAUUUCUACCCCGGCGCCAUUGAAGUCCGCUGGUUCCUGAACGGCCAGGAAGAGACAUCCGGAGUCGUGUCCACGGGCCUGAUCCAGAACGGGGACUGGACCUUCCAGACGCUGGUGAUGCUGGAGAUGAUACCCCAGAGUGGGGAUGUCUACUCGUGCCACGUGGAGCACCCCAGCUUAGACAGCCCAGUCACUGUGGAGUGGAAGGCACAGUCCGACUCUGCCCGGAACAAGACACUGACUGGCGUCGGGGGGCUCGUGCUGGGGCUGCUCUUCCUGGCAGCGGGCACCAUCCUGCACGUGAGGAGCAAGAAAGCGCAACGGGGACCUCAGUGAGCAGGGCUCGGAAAGACCGCAUGCACCUGAGAACAAGGAUUUCCUGUGUUUGACCCCAAAGGCUGGGGCUGGGGCAGACCCGCAGCUUCGCCAGCGGGAGCUCGAUGCCAAUGACCGCCCUGACGCUGGUGCCCGUGUUCCUCGCUUUGGUUCAGCGCAGCUUCUCUCCUGAGCCCCUCUCCUUAGCUCCAUAAACAGUCCACAGCCAGGCCCACUGUCUGUUUUCCUAAUGCCAUGGCCUCUGCCGCUGCUCUUUUUGAAUCACUCGCCUCUUUAUUUGUAUAUUACAGUUAAAAAUUUUAGCUGAUGACUUAUUAGCAAGGAAAAUAAGCAUAGUCCUUUCUACCCAGAUGGUUUUCGAUCGAGUAUCUUCUUUAUUUUUCCCCUUUGCCCCUCUUCCAUCCUCCUUACACUGAACCCCAUCAGUCCUCUACUCUAUGUUGAGGGCUUCUCCCGCUUCCUCCAGCUUCCAUGGGGCCAUGCUGCUGGGCCCGGAGCUGCUGUGAGACCAUGAGCACCGCAGCCGCCUCAUGUCCGCAAGAAGGAGUUCCAGAGCCCCUUCUCCAUGUGUGGGCUCUGGCGUUCUUUCCUCCUCCUCUUCCCCAGGGUCCCCUGAGCCUUGGAGGGUCGAGAGAGAUGCCUCAGGGCUGCACACUCAACUGUCACCUUUCAGCACUUAGAUGCGAUUUGCCAGAUUACUUUUAUUCGUUACGACAAGGGUCUCACUCUAGCCCAGGCUGGCCUGGGACUCACCUUGCAGCUUCCUCAUGCUGGAAUUAAAGGCGUGAAUCACUAUCCCUGGCUUCCCAGGAUGUUUCCUAAAUGGUUGUUGUCAUGAGAGACAAAGGGAUAUUCAGUCGGAAAGGAAAAUACCACCAGUUA